CUUCUUCUUCUUUUCCAAAUGAGACCUUACUUUCUGCACCAAAAUUUGAAGCCAUUAAUGGCCAUUUGCAGCUCCAAAAUUGUAAACCUCUUGAUCACCACGGUUCUCUUUUGCCUCAUUGAACCAUUCUCCAACGCCAUAUCCUUCAACUUCACAAGUUUCACCACCAAUAAUAACAACAUAAGCUACGAAAAUGCUUACCCUGCUAGCCGAGUCAUUCAGCUUACAGCCAACCAGAGAGAUCGUCAAAUGACCGCGAGCCUUGGUCGAGCCACGUACUAUGAACCAAUGCACCUAUGGGACAAGGCCACUGGGAAUCUCACGGAUUUCGCCACCCAUUUCACCUUCACCAUCGAUUCACAAAACAGGUCUGCGUAUGGAGAUGGGAUAGCAUUCUUUCUUGCACCCCAAGGUUCGAAGAUCCCCGAUAAUGUCACGAAAGGUGGUAAUCUAGCUCUUGCGAGUGACGGUAUGGGACUGAACACAACAGUGAAUAGAUUCGUUGCUGUGGAGUUUGAUAUUUAUCGGAACCGAUGGGAUCCAGAGCACGAACAUGUUGGUAUCGAUAUCGAUUCGAUGAAAUCGGUGGCGAAUAUUACAUGGUGGAGCGACGUUAUGGGAGGGAAAAGAAAUGAAGCAUGGAUAAGAUACGAUCCGAAAACGCAUAAUUUAAGCGUUUCCUUUACUGGAUUUAGAAAUAAUACUACCGUCAUGCAACACCUUAGUGCUAUCAUCGAUUUAAGGCUUUACUUGCCUGACAAGGUAACUUUCGGAUUCUCGGCAGCCACCGGAAAUGCAUCUGCCAUACAUCAAAUUUCUUCUUGGGAUUUCAGUUCAAGCUUAGAGAACGAUAGUAACACGACUGAUCCGACAGCUGCCACACAACCUAACCACAAAAAAAGAAAAAACAGAACAGGUUUUGCUGUGGGAUUCGGAGUCGCCGGUGCUUUUGUUGUAAUGGUUUUAGUUGGGAUUGCUAGUCUUUAUAGGAAGAAGUACCAGUCUGACGAAGAGAACGGUGAUGCCAUCGAUGAGGCAAUAGAGGAUGAAUUCGAGAGGGGGACCGGACCGAGGAAGUUCUCGUACAAGGAACUUGUUCAUGCCACCGAUGAUUUCAACGAAGUCCAGAAGCUCGGCCAAGGUGGAUUUGGCGGUGUUUACAAAGGAUUUUUAAAGGAUUCAAGCUCCUACGUUGCCAUCAAACGAGUCUCAAGUGGAUCAAAACAAGGUAUAAAAGAGUAUGCUUCGGAAGUAAAGAUCAUAAGCCGAUUACGACAUCGAAAUCUCGUUCAACUCAUUGGCUGGUGCCAUGAAAACAAACAACUCCUCCUUGUUUACGAAUUCAUGCCCAAUGGUAGCUUAGAUUCUCACCUGUUCAACCAAAACAGCUUAUUGCCAUGGGAGUUAAGGUUCAAAAUUGCUCAAGGAUUAGCGUCGGGACUGCUUUACUUACACGAAGGGUGGCAACAAUGUGUGGUUCACAGAGACAUUAAAUCAAGCAACGUGUUGUUGGACUCCGAUUUCAAUGCCAAGCUAGGCGAUUUUGGUCUCGCGAGGCUCGUGGACCAUUCCAAAGGGUCGCAAACAACCGUGUUGGCCGGCACAAUGGGGUACCUUGCCCCAGAAUGUCACAUCGCCGGCAAAGCCAGUAAACAAUCCGAUGUUUAUAGCUUUGGCGUCGUUGCUUUGGAGCUCGCUUGUGGACGAAAACCGAUCGAACCGAAAGCCGGAGAAGGCAAAGUGAAUUUGGUGGAGUGGGUUUGGGAUCUUUACGGAAGAACCGAAUUGCUUGAAGCUUGCGACACUAGGCUUAAUGGCGUGUUUACGGUGCGGGAAAUGGAGCAGCUGAUGAUCCUGGGGCUAUGGUGUGCGCACCCAGAUGAGAAUUCGAGGCCGUCGAUACGGCAAGCGAUUCACGCGCUGAAUUUCGAAGCUCCGGUGCCGGUACUACCAUCGAAGAUGCCGGUGGCAACGUAUUAUGCUCCUCCGAUGAGUGUUACUCCGUUAAACCAAUUUUCAAGCAAUAGUACUUACAGUAAUAGCAGCAGAUCCUCGCAGUUUACUUCGUCUUCGAGUUCUUCUGCAACUGCAUCUCUUUUGUUAGCUCCUCCGGUUUAAAAUUAAAUUGGUCAAAAUUUACAUCAUAUCCCUGUAUUUAUAUAAAAUUUGUGAUUUAAUCCUGUACUUAAACCGUCAAACCGAAAUUUUAUUAAUUCUUCAAUUUAAAAAUCUUAAUCUAAUUGAUGAUAGCAAUAGUGUUUUCUGUAAAAUUUGCCAUCAAUGUAGAUUAAUCAUGGGUUGAGUGGUUUGACCUAA